ACACUCGAAAGAAAGAAUUGCGGCCUCGCCCAAACAAAGAAACACACAACCUCUAUCCUCACGAACUCUCGUCUUUUUGCCUUCUUCCCUUUCCGAUUACUCUCGAGGUAGAUCUUGAUCUCGUCCUCGAACCCCACCAUGCAUCGGUUCAUUUGUUGUGGAGAAAUUAGGGCUGGAGCUCGGCGAUUGGCCUCGAAUUGGUUCUCUCCUUCCUCCAGCUUUACAUCCUUACACUCACCACCUUUUGCUACAAUUGCUGUGGAAGAAAUUUCAGGCUCUCAUCCUGCAGAAGUAUAUAAUUUGGUGCAGGGUGACUGGAAGGCAUCAGCGAAUUGGAAUUGGGUGCCUGAUCCAUUAAAUGGUGAACCAUUCAUUAAAGUUGCCAAUGUGCAGGAAGCGGAAAUUAAGCCAUUUGUGGAGAGCUUAUCCAAGUGUCCAAAAUAUGGGCUUCAUAACCCACUUAGAGGCCAAGAAAGAUAUCUUCUGCUGGGUGAUGUAUCUGCAAAAGCUGCUCAUAUGCUUGCUCAGCCAGAGGUUUCGGAUUUCUUUUCGAGGCUUAUUCAAAGAGUUUCCCCUAAGAGUUACAAACAAGCUCUUGGUGAAGUCCAUGUCACCCAAAAGUUUUUGGAGAAUUUCUCUGGAGAUCAGGUCCGCUUUCUGGCUCGUUCAUUUGCAGUACCUGGCAACCAUCUUGGGCAACAAAGUCAUGGUUAUCGUUGGCCAUACGGUCCUGUUGCAAUAAUCACUCCAUUCAAUUUUCCUUUGGAGAUUCCCCUAUUGCAACUGAUGGGUGCACUUUAUAUGGGCAACAAACCAACUCUUAAGGUUGAUAGCAAGGUAAGCAUUGUGAUGGAACAGAUGCUUCGAUUGCUUCAUUAUUGUGGGCUGCCUGAGGAGGAUGUUGACUUCAUCAACUCUGAUGGUGUUACCAUGAACAAGUUCUUAUUAGAGGCAAAGCCAAGAAUGACCCUUUUUACUGGGAGCUCCCGAGUGGCAGAAAAAUUAGCUGCUGACUUAAAAGGGCGUAUUAGAUUGGAAGAUGCUGGUUUUGAUUGGAAGAUACUGGGUCCAGAUGUACAAGAGGUUGAUUAUGUUGCAUGGGUGUGCGAUCAGGAUGCCCAUGCUUGUAGCGGUCAAAAAUGCUCUGCUCAGUCGAUCUUAUUCAUGCAUGAGAACUGGGUUUCAAGUGAACUAAUUCCUAAAAUGCUAUGUCUGGCUAAGAGAAGGAAGCUGGAAGAUUUAACGAUUGGCCCUGUUCUUACUGUUACAACUGAGAGCAUGCUGGAACACAUUGACAAGCUGCUUAAUAUUCCAGGGUCAAAACUACUUUUUGGUGGUGAACCCUUGGAGAAUCAUUCUAUUCCAAAAAUAUAUGGUGCUUUAAAACCAACAGCAGUAUUUAUUCCCUUAACAGAAAUACUUAAGAGCAACAAUUUUGAUCUUGUCACAAAAGAAAUUUUUGGCCCAUUCCAGAUUAUUACAGAUUACAAACAUGAUCAGCUUUCGAUGGUGUUGGAAGCUUGUGAGAGGAUGCAUGCACAUUUGACAGCUGCGGUGGUUUCAAAUGAUCCAUUAUUCCUGCAGGAAGUUCUUGGGAAGUCUGUUAAUGGAACGACAUAUGCUGGAAUUAGGGCUAGGACAACGGGGGCUCCACAGAACCACUGGUUUGGACCAGCUGGUGAUCCUCGGGGUGCAGGAAUUGGAACUCCGGAAGCAAUUAAACUUGUUUGGUCUUGCCAUAGGGAAAUUAUCUAUGAUAUUGGUCCCUUGCCACAGCAUGGGGAAAUUCCAUCAGCUACAUAAAUUAAUGAGAACAAGGUCACCGUCAGUGUGUGCGUGUGUAUGAGAGAGACAGGGUAUUUUUUUUUUUCCUCCAUUGAAGAUAAUGAGGCCUUUUUACGAGGUUUCACCGAGUAUAAAUUAACAUGCAAGGCAAUUUCUCCUUCUAUGGAAUCGAAGAAAAUGUCAUGUUGGUUUGAAGUGCAAAUUGUUAUCUGUUUCUGAGGACAAUGUUCAUGACAGCGAUGGUGCAUGUUAAUUACUA